AUCAGGAAGUGUGUGGUUGUUGUUGGACAGACCGGCGUGGCCGCGGAACCGUCCCGGGACGAGCCCCCCCGGACCCGCUCCGGAACCAACAGUUAUAGGCCUCCGGCUGGAGCCGCUGUGAUCCUGGCUGUGUUCUGGCUGUGAUCCGGGUGUGCCUCACCGCUGACCCCGGGAGGAAAUGUCCUACUGGUCCGUGUGCACGUCCCAGGAAACUGGAGCCACUCCCAGCAGCAUGGAGCAACCCAGUGGCACGGUUGAGGAAAUGGGAGCCAAGCCGUCGCUGGCGGGGAGCGGCCGGCCCAGGUCUGGAGCGGCCCCCUCCCCCGUGCUGGAGAGGGUCCGGGCGGCGUAUGAAGGCGGGGAUGCUGAGGCCGCGGGGGAGCUGAUCCAGCAGGCCUGCUGCGGGGAGUGCAGCGCAGGAAUCCACCACCACAGAGUGCAGCUGCUGUCCCUGGCCACCCGGCACGGCGACCAGAAGAGUGUACGUUUCCUUCUGAAAGAAGCUGGCGUAGCCGUCCCCCAGGAGCCGACGAGCAGCAACCCAGCCAUCCUGGCCGCUCACCUGGGACACGCCGCCCUGGUGAAGGAGCUGCUGGACUCUGUCCCUGCUGUGUCUCUGAGGACGGAGCUGCUGAACUCCAUGCUGGCCACGUCGUGCCAGCAGGGUCACCUGGACACGGUCCGCCUGCUGGUGAACGGCUACGGAGCUGACGUGGAGGACUGUGCCAGCCAGGGCGAUGACUUCGCCGUCCUCACCGGGCUGCCGCUGUACGCUGCCGCACAAGCAGGUAACGAGGACGUGGCUAACUUCCUGCUGCAGCGCGGGGCAGGAUUCUCGUCCUACACCCUCCUGGACUUCCCCGGCUUCAGCAGACACCUGCUCAGACUCAGGCUGGAGGACACGCCUGGGGACGGUGGACAGCAGAACCUCAGCCUGUGUUGGACGGGGUUGCGGCUGCCCUGGCUGGACCUGGACUGGUUCCUUGACGUCUCGUCCCGGAUCACUCACCUGGACCUGUCGUCCAACAGCCUAGCGGCUCUCCCCUCCGUGGUUCCUUGGGGUCUCAUUCACUUGAGAACUCUGGAUCUUUCCAACAACAAUCUCAAAGAGCUGCCUUUCGCUGAAAACUCCCAGGACGUCAUCUGCUCCAGCUUACAACAGGCCAAUCUGUCUCAGAACCAGCUGAAAAGCUUGCCAACCGGACUCCUCCACCUGACCCACAUGCAGAAACUCUUCGCCUCCAAGAACCAGCUGGCAGUUCUGUUCGACGUGUCCACCACGGUGAACUGGAUCGGCCUUCGUAAGCUGGAGGAGCUGGACGUGUCGGAUAACUGCCUGGCCAGUCUGCCCACGGCCGUGGUGCACUGCCUGAAGUCCCUGUGCAGCCUGGACGUGAGCAGGAACAGGCUGAGCUGCUUCCCUGAGCCCUGGGCCUGUCCACUGAAGCAGUGCAAGGCUCCUUCCAAUGUAAUCGAAGCUCUUCCAAGCAGCAUCUCAGUUUCGUGGAGGAGCCGGCUGCAGGAGGUGGACUUCUCUGACAACUGCUUGAAGGAGAUUCCCUCAUACAUCUUUGAACUGGAGUCGGUGGUGUCUCUGAGAUUGUGCGGGAAUCUGAUCACAACCCUCCCUGAGUCUGAGAAGUGGCAGUGCUGUCAGCUGAGAACCCUGGACCUGUCCAGGAACCAGCUGGGCAGAAUGGAUGAGGUUCCCAAAUCCCGGAGGCUGGCCUUCCUGGCGACGUGGAGCCGCAGGGAGCCGGACGCAGUGUGUCCCCUGGAGUUUCCUGGGAUUCUUCGAGAUUCCCUGGAAGUUCUGCUGCUGAACAACAACCAGCUGGAGUGUGUUCCCCAGUCGGUGUGUGCUCUGCACAACCUGACGGAGCUGUACCUGUCCGGGAACCCGGGGAUUCGGGAGCUCCCUGCAGAGCUGGGCCAGCUCUCCAACCUCUGGCAGCUGGACAUCGAAGACCUCAACAUCACCAACGUCCCCCAGGCCGUGAGGAAAGAAGGUCCUGCAUCUGUCCUGGCUUUCCUCCAAGCACAGCUUCGGAAAGCAGAGCCGUGUAAACUCCUGAAGAUGCUGGUGAUCGGCCCCCCGAGGCAGGGCAAGACGGCCCUGGUGGAGGCCCUGCUGACGGGCAAGGCGUCGCCCUUCACCCAGGCCGAGGGCAGCGUCUCCACCUGCACCUGGGAGCUGGACAAAAGCAGCACGGCCAAAAACAAUAGGGACGGCCUGGUGUGUAACGUGUGGAACGUGGGCGGCCAGGCCAGCAUGACCACGGUGAACCAGUGCUUCUUCACCGACAAGGCCUUGUACCUGGUGGUCUGGAACCUGGCGCUGGGGGAGGAGGCUGUGGCCAACCUGCAGACCUGGCUGCUCAACAUCGAGGCCAGAGCUCCCAACUCUGCCGUGGUCGUCGUGGGAACACAUCUGGACCUGAUUGACAGCAGGUUCCGCAUGGAGAGGCUGGCGACCCUGAGAGCCUACGUCCUGGCGCUGUGCCGGUCCCCCUCCGGGGCCCGGGCCAGGGGCUACCCCGACAUCACCUGGAAACACCUGCAUGAAGUGUCCUGUAAGACCCUGGAGGGGCUGGACGGCCUGAAGACGCUGCUGCAGCGUGUGGCGUCCUCCAUGAGGGACGGCAGCUCGGCCUGUGGGAGCAAACACCUGGGCAGACUGAUUCCCAGGAGCUACUUUGUACUUCAGGAGGCAGUGAUAGCAGAGAAGCAGCGGCGUGAUGCCCAGGGGGAGGUCCAGUACCUGACGGACGCCCAGUUGGAUGACAUCAUUGAACAGAACCCAGAAAGUGACAUCAGGGACUAUGAAGACUUGCAAACAGCCAUCAGAUUCUUGAUUGAAACAGGGACUGUUCUGCAUUUCCCUGACACCAGCCACGGCUUGUGUACGCUGUAUUUCCUGUGUCCCGUGUGGCUGUCGGGCUGCCUGGAGGGAAUCAUACACCUCAAGUCAACGCGCAGCGUCGCCAGGAAGGGAGAGAUCCAGGCUCAGGACCUCAGGAAACUGCUGGCAGGAACAGGAUUCACCCAGGAAACAGAAGAACAGUACUUCCAGUUCCUGGCCAAGUUUGAAAUCGCACUGCCUUUAGCCAACAACAGCUACCUGCUGCCCCACCUCCUCCCUCCAAAGCCGGCCCUGGACAUCCACCUCUUCCACCAGCAGGCCAGCAACUCCCUGCAGCGGCUCUUCAAGAUGAGCUUCGUUCCUGCAGGAUUCUGGGAGCGCUUCAUCGCCAGGAUGCUCAUCAGCCUGACGGAGAUGGACCUGCAGCCGUUGGAUCCUCCCAGGAGCAACACGAGGAGCCGUCAGAGGAACUCGGUCAUUUACAACUUCACCAGGAGCCAGCAGAGGAACCGCUGCAGCACGUUCAGAGUGCGGCGCAACCAAACCAUCUACUGGAAGGAAGGGCUUCUGGUCACUUUUGAUGGAGGUUUCCUCAGUGUGGAGUCAUCGGAUGUGAACUGGAAGAAGACGAAGAGCGGCGGCAUAAAGAUCAUCUGCCAGUCAGAGAUGAGGGACUUCUCUGCGAUGGCUUUCAUCACGGACCACGUCAACUCCCUGAUUGAGCAGUGGUUCCCUGCAUUGACAGCCAGCGAGAGCGACGGCAGCCUCCUCAUCGAGCAGUACGUGCCCUGCUGUCUCUGCGCCUCCCAAGCUCAGCAGAGCGGCGCUGGCGUCGAGGUGUCCGGGCUCAGCCAGGCGGGGGACAGACCAGGACAUGGAGCAUCCCGGGCCAGAGCAGGGGUUCAUUACUUCAACAUGGAGGACUGUGUUCUGGCUGCGGUGGAGAAAGAGCACAUCAGCUGCCCGCAGCACCCGGAUCAGCCAGUCCCCCUCCAGGAGCUGGUUCCAGAGCUCUUCAUGACAGACUUCCCUGCACGGCUGUUUCUGGAGACGGCCCAGCUGGAGUACUCGGAGCAGGACAGCAGCAUCCUGGGCCAGGGCGGCAGCGGGACCGUCAUCUACAGGGCCAGGUACCAGGGGCAGCCGGUAGCCGUCAAACGCUUCGACUUCAAGAAGGGCCGGCAGCAGUCCGUCAGCACAGACACCAUGAUUAAACACCUGCAGUCUGCAAACGCCAUUCGGAGUUUCUCCGAGUUUCGCCAGGAGGCCAGCAUGUUGCAUUCUUUGCAGCAUCCUUGUAUCGUCUCUCUGGUGGGCAUCAGCAUUCACCCGCUGUGCUUUGCUCUGCAGCUGGCUCCUCUAGGGAGCCUCAACACGGUGCUGGAGGAGAAACACAGGAGCAAAAGUUCCAGAUACAUGCCUCUUGGUCACAUGCUCACUUUCAAGGUGGCCUAUCAGAUCGCUACAGGACUGGCGUACCUUCACAGGAAGAGCAUCAUCUUCUGUGAUCUCAAAUCUGACAACAUACUGGUGUGGUCUCUGGAGGUGAAGGAUCCGGUCAACGUCAAACUGUCUGACUACGGCAUAUCUCGACAAUCCUUCCAUGAGGGGGCACUGGGGGUGGAGGGUACGCCGGGGUACCAGGCUCCCGAGGUCCGACCAGGCAUUGUGUAUGAUGAGAAGGUGGACGUGUUCUCCUACGGGAUGGUGCUGUACGAGCUGCUGUCUGGGAGACGGCCGGCGCUGGGACACCACCAGCUCCAGAUAGCUAAGAAACUCUCCAAAGGCAUCCGGCCGGUGCUGGCCGGUCCAGAGCAGGUCCAGUUCUGCAGCCUCCACACUCUGAUGGCUGAAUGCUGGGACACCAAGCCAGAGAAGAGGCCGGUGGCGAUGCAGUGUGUGAGGCAGAUGCAGGAGCCCAGCUUCCCCUGCCUGCGGUAUGUGUUGCCGUGCGGCGUCCAUUCCCAGCUCUUCCUGUCCCCGCUGCAGGGACACAGCGCCGUCUUCUGGCACGGAGACCAGGACCACAGGAACUACAGUGUCGUCAACGUGGAGAAGGGCCAGAUGGACGUGAAGAGGAUGCCGUGUCCAGGCCGGAGGAUCAGCUGCCAGAUGAAGAUGCAGAACUCUCUGUGGAUCGCCACUGAGGAGCAGGAGGUUUUCAUCUACAGUCUGAAGGACAUGUGUCCCCUCAGCCAACCCCAGAGACGCUUCUCCUGCCCAGCGAUCAUCACCUGCUUGUUCCAUGUUCCAGCAGGAGAACAGAGCUUGGCCCGAGUGUUUGCGGGGAUGUCCGACGGCCUGGUGGCCGUGUACAGCUUGGUGGACGACCUUCCUCUGGACGGAGAGACCUACCUGUGUUCACACACCCUAAACAAGACCGUGUUUGGACUGAAGGACUCGGACCCGAGGCAAAGACCCUACCCAGUCAGAACCAUCGCUCUGGUCAGCGGUGGCUCUCAGAUCUGGUUCUCCAACGGCCCCGGUGUGCUAAUUAUCGACUCUGUGAGUCUUCGUGCGGUUCGAAGGUUGGAAUCCUACAGCCCGCCGUCCUCCAUCGUAUCCAUGGCAACGAGCUUCAGCUUGUUGGGACAGGAAGGAGUGUGGACCCUGGACGACCACACAAACACCCUGCUGCUGUACCACGCCGCCUCCUGCGAGCUCUGCGCCACCUACUGCUGCUCGGACGUCAACCCUCUCCGGGACGUCUUCCCCGUGCAGCGUCCCGCUGGGGGCGCAGCGGGGACGGCCGCUGAUAUCAACCCCGCGGACCAGGAAGGGAAGCUGGAGCGGUUGAACGGGCAGGUGACGCUGCUGUACAGCGACGGGGCCGGCACUCAGAUCAUCCAGCACCAGGACUCGCUGACGGACUACUACUCCAUCUCAUCAAACUCUCCCACGGAGCAGAAAGAGUCCGACGCUUUCAGCACAUUUGACUCCCAGUUAGUAAACAGCACGCCACUUCCUGUGAACGGGGAGGAGUCGGGCGUGGGCCGGAACCGACGGACGUCCAGCGACGCCGGGCCUGAUCUGGAGUCGGUGGAGAGUACGACCCCCACCGCCCCCCACCUGCAGGCCUUCGCCAUGCUGCCGGUCAACGGGACUCUGUGGAUCCCCAGGCGUGGAGGAGAUGUUAUUGUCAUUGAGAUGCAGUCGCACGCUGAUGAGCUGAGAGGCCGAGUCGUCGCCGUCCUCCGUCCACCCGGCUGCUCUUCUCUGGGGAUCCUUCGGGAGGCAGCACUCGUGGCAAAAGAUACAGUUGUCUGUGGCUUUCAGAGGGAAAACAUGGAGUGGUGCCUGGUUGUCUGGAGGUCCUGGGGCUGCUGCGAGCUGGAAAGCUUCUACCAGUCCUACGAGGAACUUGGCCGCCUGGAGUCCAGCAUGAGGAAAAGAAGGUAGCUGUUGUGCUGCACAAGCGAGGCGCAGAAUUGCAUCUCUGUGUGGUGGUUGGAGCCGAGGGGAAUACGCACGGACAGACUGGUAGUAUUCAGAGCAGGGGGCCGCUGAAUGCUGACAUCGCAGCAACACAGGAGGGAGAAGAAGUGAGGGCCGUCUCCCCGCCGCAGACCCAAGGAGCCGGUUCAGGAGUCAAUGAAAACUCAUCAGGACGAUUGACUCAAAGUCCAGCGCUCUAAUGGGCGCCUCAGCACCGCAGCGCAUCGGCAGCCGGGUCCGACGGGGGUCGGGUUCGUUGGGUCUCGUCUUCCUCCAUCUCCCUCCUCCGGUCUGCAGCUGGGACUCUGCACACACACAAGCGCUGGCUGUUUGUGGAGGAAUGCUGAUGUUUCCCAGCAGGCCGUCCUGAUGCCGUACAGGAAACAAACAGCAGCUGGUGGACGGCAGCGAUACUGACACACACUCGCUACGAACACACGGCAAAGCUGAGUCAGCACGCCCCUGCUCUGACCCGUCAGCUCGUCUUCUGUGCAGCACGGCGCUCACUGUCAACACCUUUAGCAGGUCUUUAAAUUGUUAAUAUUUUUUGCUAAUAAAGGUAGAAAUAGA